AUGGGAGCUUCUCUUCGCGCCAGCGCCGCACUCCUUGCAUCCGCGGAGAUGGAGCUGGACGUGGUCAUCGUAGGCAAUGGGCCCAGCGGCUUGGCUGUCGCCUCGGCGCUGAGUGGCUUGGUGCCGCAGGUUGCCGUGGCUGCGAAGCGCAUUUCGGAUCCUGCGGUUGGACAGGCGGCCGCGAAGCUCUCCGGCAAAACUCUCGACGAGGUGAGCUUGGACACCCUGGCUGCAGGGAUCCAGCGACGCUGCCUAAACCCCACGGUACCCGGCCAGUUCUUGUGGGCCUUGCGAGUGCCUGUCAGUGCCCGUGCAGAGGAGCUAAUGUUCUUAGUCUUCUUUGGUGUGGCGCUGAUGUGGCUCCAAUGUGAGCUUACGAUCCCAAGCUUUCCGGUCAAUCCGUUCCAGCUCAACCGCAAGAAGAAGUCGGAGCAGGACUGCGACAAGAAAGCUCUGAAUGCCCGCGUGGACGAGAAGAUGGCCCAAAUCGAGGCUUCCAUCUGGCAAACAGCCUCGCGGUGCCUGGUACAUCUUAACUUCAUUUCUUUGCUGGUGGCCACGGUGGACUACCAAAUCGAUCCUGGCUUCACGCGUUUGAUCUUUGUCGCGGCUCUUGCCGUCCUUAACAUCCUCUACUUGCGGGGUGCAGUAGAAACACUGGAGCAGACUCGAACCCGAAUUCGCAGUGUUUGCGUGGUGAUCCACUGCGUUGGCGUUCUGGUCAAUGCCUCCUGUGCUUGGGAAAGCAAAGAGGAUUACCUGGGACGCUCCGGCAUCUGCGAAAUUGGUCAGAUUGUGAUAGCUUUGAUCUUCCCGAUGCAGAGGAUAACGUCAGCUUUCGCGGUGGCAUUUCUCGCGGCAAAUGUGUUUGCCGCACUCGGUGCGUGUGGCCCAACUGCUAUCACCGGCUGGUUUGUCGUGCAACAGCUCGUGCAGAUUGGUGUGGUGGUGUCGGUGCCGGUCGUCAUGCGGAGUGUUGUGCGAGAUCAUGUCAAAGCAUCCUGCGAGUCGCAAGACUCCGAUUCGCUUGCGACGGCAUUGUCUCACGUGCUUAAGGGUGUUUCGGACGGACAUCUUCUCUUGGACAGCAACUUCAAGAUUUGUGGAGAUGCCAGCUGUCUGCAGCGACUGCUGCGAACGCAUGACAACUUCAGCGGACGCAGUUUUGUGGAUCUGGUGGCCGGGGCUCCGUCGCAAAAGCCGUUUGCCAAGUUCCUCGCUGAAGGCGGAGAAGUUGAGGCCAAUGGCGGCAUGCCACAUUGCUCACGGGUGCAUCUGUUAGACGGAGCAGGUGAGCAUGUGCCGGUAGAUAUCGUUCAUGCAGUGGUGCCCGAGCUCUACGGCACCGGCCGCACCGCGACCCACCACUUGCUAGUCAUGAAAGAAGAUUCUGAGGCCCGAGGCCCGUCUCCGUCUCAGAGUCCGGUGUGGGAAAACUUGCCGAAUAGGCAAGACAUCCGCAAAGAAGCUAUAGCAAGCAACGAGAGAACGAGAGAAGAGAUCCUCCAUCCUCUCCGUCAGAUUUCCGAGAUGACGCUGCUGGUCAACGCUAGCACGGAGCUCAUCGAGAUAGAACAAGCCGUGAUACAAUGUGCUCCGAAUGAAGAAGAAGAUGCCACAACGCUUGGAGUGCCGAACUUGCAUGGCUGGACGUGCCCGUCGGAAUGGCAUGCAGUCAAAUCCAAGCUCCAUCAAGUCGCUCGUGCUGUAGGUCAGUCCCGACGGCCCAAAUCAGCAACGCUGCCAUCAAUAUCAUUGCAUCUUCCAGGCGACGUCUACCUGCGAGCAAGGAGUGUUUCAAUCAAGCCUGCUUGCACGGGCAUCGUCCAAGAACAGGAACCUGCCCUUCUGUACUUGCACCUCAGCAAGUUCAACAAUUGCCGCCAAAGGCGGUUGACGGCUGCGUUGGUCGAUGCUCUGCGAUAUCCAGAAGGCGAUGGCCGCGGCCUUUCGCUUCUGCGCUCCACCAAGCAGCCGGCCCUACGGCAUGCGGUGAUCGGCUCCAGUGCACCAGGGGGCAGCUGGCAGUCGAUGUCUCCUUCCACUGUGACACUAUCUCCAGGCUCAUGGAUGGACCUUCCAGGCUACUCCCUGGAAGAGCAUCUGAAAAGCAACAGCUCGAAGGAGGCACGUCAAUUGCUCCAGAAAGUCAGUGCAGAGGCUCUAGCAGCUUCGCGCGUGCCGCGGUGGCUUGUGGCAGAAUACUACGUCGCGUAUGCACGCAGAUUACCAUCCUCUUUCAUCAAUGGGAAGGUGACGGACAUGGUGCCGGAGGGAGACUCGUGGAAGCUUCAGAUGCUCGUCAGCACGCGCGAAGCUGCCUGUCCAUCUCACGUCUUUUGCAGCACUUGA